AUGAUAUGUCAAGAACCAUCAUUUGCAUCACCUACUAGCAACAUUGUCAACAAAAUGAGUUAUGAAAGCAAAAUGACAAUUGUUGAGUUUUACAGUGGGCAAUCAUUUCUUAGGUUUUAUUUGAGCUAUAAAAAGAGAGGAAGACCUCAACGUGUGAUGUUCUAUAAUAAGGGUGAAUGGAUUGCCUAUCCUAAAAGUGUUGUUGACUUGGUUACGAAUAAUCUGGAAACAAAUAAGGUAAUAGUGGAAAUACAGUUAAAUGGUCAUGAUCUUAUGCUAGAUUUUUUACACAUGUGUGAGAUGGACUUGAAAAAUGGUUUUCAACGACCCAUUGCUUUCAUUGAUGAGACACAUGGUUGCUUUUUCCCGGAAGUACUUUCUACUCAGGAUGAAGAAUAUGUUGGCCACAGUGAUUUAGGUUUAGAUGCUCACAGUGAAUCUGUACACGAGAAAUUGGAUUUGGAUUUUGUACAAGAGUUGUUCCUUAAUGGAAUGAAUAGUUUUGGUAGUACCAAUUUUGAGAUAAUUAACACAUACCACUACUCUGGUGCAUCAUUGCAAGCCCGGUUUGAGCUAUUUCAGACACAAGCUAAAAUCACAAAAGAAUUUCAUGGAGAUGCUAAUAUUCGAUAUGCUUGGCUUCCUUUUUCUGAACAAGAAUUAUCUAAAAUGGUGAUGUGUGGACUUGGACAUUGUGCGCUAUCUACAACCAAAUGCAUAUAUGGCGUCGGUGUUCUUCUUGCAGAUGUUACUUGCCCUUAUGCCAGUGCACGUCAUUGUGAUAUUGAUAAAAAUGGUGUUCGACACUUAGUCCUUUGUCGUGUCAUAAUGGGGAACAUGGAGCUUCUUCAUCCUGACAUUAAUCAAUUUCAACCCAGUAGCCCUGAAUAUGACAAUGGGGUGGAUAGCAUCCAAUGCCCAAGAUACUAUAUAGUAUGGAGUAUGAACAUAAAUACUCACAUCUAUCCAGAAUUUAUUGUUAGUUUCAAGGCCUCUAGGGAUUUUGAAGGCCAUUUUUAUGGAAUUGUGGGAAAGAACAAUGUUUACGGUGCCAAUUCUUCUGUGGCCAAUUCAACUAGUCAUAGUUUCGGUGACAAGUUACAGUCAUCCUCGUCAGUGGAAAAUGCCAAGCAAAUUUCCCGUGACGAUUUUGUGAAGGAGCUGAAAUUGAUAGUAGGAGAUACCGUAUUAAGAACUACAAUAACAAGUCUUCAAUUUCAGAUACCAUCAAAUGGCGAAUUGGAAGCCUCAAACCAAAAUCAAGGCCAAGAUUAA